UCGCGCACCCGCGAUACUAUGGGAUGCAAACUCUUCAAACAAUGUCAAAAGCAAUAAACAUAGAAUUCAUCAUAAUCCUAAUUACCACACAGUGCGUCAAUCUAAACACCCUUCCCGAUACCAAAGAGAAAAAACUAAUAUGUGAACAUAGUGAAAAUUCGAGUGUAGUUAUCGAACUCGAUAACAAACAGUGCAAUUAUUAUGGUGAUUUUUUCUUAUGUUCUUUAGACCAUUUGAAACAGUGGAAAAAGCGUAGAAGAUGGUGUUAUUUGUCUAAGUUGAGUAAAUAUUCGUUUGUGCGGAGUAAAAGAAGUUCGGAACCUAGGAGUCCGGUCAGGCGACUGCCGGAGUCUUCGGUUAGAGAUGAAAUUGGUGAUACCCUGAUAGAGGAUUUUAAAGGGCAAUGGCCCGUGGAGGUGUGGAGGAACUAUUUGUUCACGGAUGAUUACUUGCUGCUCAUCAACAGCCACUGGUUGCGCUUCGCGCCGCCGGAUCCAUCGUCCAACUAUAUCCUUGGCACAAUUUAUAUUGUCAUGAUGCUGGUGGGGACUACUGGGAACGCUCUAGUGCUCCUCAUGUAUUUCAGAUGCCGCACGCUGCGCACUCCAGGCAACAUCUUGGUGGCCAACUUGGUGCUGAGUGACUUUUUCAUGCUGGCCAAGACACCAGUCUUCAUAUUCAACUCCUUCAACCUUGGACCGGCUUUGGGGAAGACUGGGUGUGUGAUCUACGGGUUCGUCGGCGGGCUGACGGGCACGACGUCGAUCGCCACGCUGGCCGCCAUCGCGCUCGACCGCUACUGGGCCGUGGUGCGCCCGCUGGAGCCGCUGCGCGCGCUCACCGCCGUGCGCGCGCGCCUGCUCGCCCUCGGCGCCUGGCUCUACGCCGCCGUCUUCGCCUCCAUCCCCGCCCUAGACAUAGGCUACGGCCGCUACGUCCCCGAGGGCUACCUCACCAGCUGCAGCUUCGAUUACCUCACCGAGGAACUCCCUCCCCGCUACUUCAUCUUCACCUUCUUCUGCGCCGCCUGGGUCGCACCCUUCUUCACCAUCACUUUCUGCUACCUCAAGAUACUCCGCGUCGUCAUCUGCAACAGAAACGUUCAAACUAAAAACCAAGAACAACGGCUCUCCUCCCGACACGUCAAGGAACAGGUCAAACGUAAGGCCGAAAUCAAACUAGCUGCUCUAGUCAUAGUUGUAAUUGCAUUAUUCUUCGUAUCCUGGACUCCCUAUGCGAUCGUCGCGCUAAUGGGCAUUUUCGGUAAGAAGGAUUUAAUUACGCCGAUAGUUUCUAUGAUCCCGGCAUUGUUCUGCAAGACCGCCGCCUGUAUAAACCCUUUCAUUUACAUAAUCACGCACCCGAAAUUCCGGAAGGAAUUCAGGAAGUUGCUAUUCAGAGAUAAAUCUAGGCGAAUGAGCACGUACACUAAAACUAUCGGUUAUACGGAGGCUGAGACCACGAAAAUGAGACGCACGAGUAAAGAUUUCAGCGACACGGAUGUGGAAGUGAUACAGAUGAAGGAUAUUCCAUAUGAUACGGAGGAUACUAAGCCCCCUCCCAGCACCGUGAAGACGAUUUCCUCGAGGGUUUCGGAGAGGGAAGGCUCCCAAAGAAGCGCUAGCAUGAAGAGUUUUGAAGACAGUGUCGUGAGCCCUCCAUCUUGGUACGCUAAACCAAAGUUUGCAAAGAAGAAGAGUUUUCACCGCCGGUCAUCAAGAAGUGUCGUGUCUAUGAAUACGGAGCCUAUUGUUUUGUAACUAUGCGAUGUACCAAAUCCUAUUUGAAACUUUGUCACUCUAUUUUGAUGUUCAGAAAUCAGUCAUAAUCAUAAUGUAGUGGGUAGACUCUGUAGUAGGAAUGUCCACUUAGGUACACAACAUAAGUCAUGUUCAAGUUUCUAAUCCCUUUGAAGAUAUAUAUUUUAUAAUAUACUCUGGCGCAGUGAACAUGUCAGUAGAAAACGGUGAACAGUCUUUGACAUUUGAAAAUUAGAAUAUUGCCUUUUUCUGCUGAUAAGUUAUUUGGACAUUUGGAUUGAUGACGUAUUUUUGAUACGAGGUGAUAAGUUGGGUGUUUUGUAUAUAAAUAUUUAUCAAGAUGGAUAGUUUUUAGCAAAAAUAGAGUCAGUGAAAAUAGAGCUAUAUCUUAAUUGUUACUUGCUUUACCUAACUGAAGCAAGUUGCUCUUAGUAAAUACCAACCCACAUUUUGUUCACUGUUCACAAUUUUUUUUAUUAAUCGCUGUUUAUAAUGUCUGGCAGACCAGACCCUCUAUCACAACUUGCCUUGUCGCGCGCGACAAGGCAAGUUGUGCUAAUGGGUCUGUUAUUGUCAGUAAUAUAUAAACUGCACUAUAGCACUAUGCUUUAAACUGUUUUAAAUUAUGACGGAUCAUUUAAUAAUGUACUUUUAGAAAGUAUAUAGUGUUUUAAGAUUGAACAAUGUGAUA